CGGCAGCAGGCUAGCCACCCCGCCAACCUCUUCCCACGAUGUCCAUCCGCAGAGGCAGCCGCCGCGCUCCCGCCUUGACACCCUGGCGGGAUGGGACCGUUGCCCCCGGCAACUGCGCCAGGGAGGUAGAGACUACAUAUCCCGGCGCGCGCAGCACUCCGAGGACCAAUAGGGCCUCAGGUCAUAAUCGCGAACGCUGGAGGAACCGCUGGGUCCAGUCCACCAAUGACUCCCAAUUUGGGCAUUUUAGACUCUCGUCGGGGAAAUUUUAUGGUCAUAAAGAAAAGGACAAAGGUCUGCAGACCACGCAAAAUAGCCGGUUCUAUGCCAUCUCUGCACGUUUCAAACCGUUUAGCAAUAAAGGGAAGACCCUGGUCAUUCAGUACACGGUGAAGCACGAGCAGAAGAUGGACUGUGGAGGGGGCUACGUUAAGGUCUUCCCGGCAGACGUGGAUCAGAAGAAUCUGAAUGGAAAAUCUCCGUACUAUAUUAUGUUUGGACCCGAUAUUUGUGGAUUUGAUAUCAGGAAAGUUCACGUGAUUUUACACUUCAAGAAUCAGUAUCACUCAAACAAGAAAUCAAUCAGGUGUAAGGUCGAUGGAUUUACCCACCUGUAUGCUCUGGUCUUAAGACCAGACCUCACUUACGAAGUGAAAAUCGAUGGUCUAUCAAUCGAAUCCGGCGACAUCGAGUAUGACUGGAACUUGACGUCACUUAAGAAGAUGGAGAAGUCUUCUGCAGAGGACCAGGCGAAAGAUGACAAAUCCCAGGACUGGGAGAAGCAUUUUCUGGACGCCAGGGCCAGUAAGCCAAGCGACUGGAACAGCGAACUGGAUGGGGACUGGCAGGCGCCGAUGCUGCAGAAGCCUCCGUACAAGGACGGCCUGAAACCAGAGGGUAUAGACCAAGAUGUUUGGCUCCAUCAGAAACUGAAAAACACCAACUAUCUGACGGAGUACGACCUCUCAGAAUUUGAGAACAUUGGCGCCAUUGGACUGGAGCUUUGGCAGGUGAGAUCAGGCACCAUCUUCGAUAACUUCCUGAUCACAGACGAUGAAGAGUAUGCUGACAAUUUUGGCAAAGCCACUUGGGGGGAAACUAAGGGCCCAGAAAGGGAGAUGGAUUACAUACAGGCCAAGGAGGAAGUGAAGAAAGCCCGUGAGGAAGAGGAGGAGGAGCUGCUGAUGGGCAAGUUUGGUGGGCAAGAAAACAAUUUCCAGAGAUUUCACAGGAGGGACGAAUUUUAGUCAUUCCCACCCCAGAUAAAGAUGAUUGGUAAAACCUUGUUUCUACUUUAA